UUUGUUUAUCGUUCAUUGGUGUAUUGCCUUAGACUAGUCUACUGUGGGCAAUUGUCAUAUUGCUGUUGACACCGUGUCAGGCCGAAACACUUUUUUCAUCAGUUUGAUGAAUGACACUUCAACUAAAGAGAGACAAGAAUCAUCUUGAGUUCCCUCGUACGACUUGCUGUUCGUAAGAGGUUUUAAUCAACGGCUAAAACAAAGCUAUCGUUGGUCGACUUCUGUUUUUGAGUCCACAGUCUAAACAUAUCCAAAGCAGUCAUCUCAUCCGCGCCUGAUAACUAUUGAAAUUUCUCAUGUCCGGCGAUGAAUCAAUUGGUAGGGAAUUUUACCAGUGAUAACAAAACAACGAGUGAUUCGUACGACUCGGAGAACAGUGUGCUUAAAGUUUUACAUCUGUUAUCUUACGUUGCAAUUUGUCUGAUAGGAACGUUCGGUAACAUGCUUGUUCUUUUGGUCACUCGUAAACAGAGGAUGAGGACAGUUACUAAUGUGUUCAUAGCUAAUCUAGCACUAGCUGAUCUCGCAGUAUGCGUAUUCUCCAUUCCAAUAUCAUUGGCAUACACUAGUCUUGGGUACUGGCCUUUUGGUCAAGUACUAUGUCAGACUAUGCCAUAUCUACAAGGRGUAACUGUGUGUGCUUCGGUAGGUACACUCACUGCAAUCGCCUGUGAUCGCUUCAUUGUUAUUGUGUACCCUACCAAAAGAAAACUCAAGAUUUCACAAACAUGGAUGUCCAUAGCUUUCAUAUGGGGACUGUCUGCAGUGGUUACGAUCCCUGUUAAUCUACACAGUGAAGUAGUUGAUGAUAAUGUAGAAGGAAUCAAUCGAAGCUUUUGCAUGGAGAUAUGGCCCUCGCGCGUGUCACAAUUAACGUAUGCUAUGAUCGUAUUUUUGGUUUUAUUUCUGCUUCCUCUCUGUGCCAUGUCAAUAAUGUAUGCAGCUAUCAUUUACAAGUUAAAGAAACUCCAUCCAACACAACAAGCAACCCUUCGCACCCACAAGAAAGUCGUCAAAAUGUUGGUGGUUGUCAUAGUGACAUUUGCAGUUUGUUGGAUUCCAUAUCAUGUGACGUUUCUAUAUUAUGAUAUUUUAAAGUAUGACUCUGCGACCAGGUCAACAGAAGAACUCACUAACUUAGUGUUGUUCAUUCAGUGGCUUAUGUAUGCCAACAGCGCCUGCAAUCCUAUUGUGUAUGCUGUCUGCAACUUGAAUUACAGAAAGGAAUUCAUUCACAUGUUAAAAUGUUCCUGUAAUAGUUAACCAACGAAAGAAAACGUUAUUUCUUAUC